AAACAAUGAAUAAAUAUAUGACACAAAAUUUCAUAGGCGAGUGGGAAAAGGAAAAGAAAAGGCAUGUUGUCUUGACCGCACUUCUACGUUUGGGACAAACUCUGCAUCUUUCUCCUCUUCUUCUGCUACUUUGUUCACUCACUCACUAAACCUUUGCUUGAUCUUCCUCAACAACUACAUUUUAAAGGGAUUAAAAAAAAGUAUCUCAAAUUUACAAUAAUUGCAUUAUUAGGGCAAAAGAUUUCGAGAACCGAGACGAUUCAAUCCAAUCAACCAUUCCAGAUCGAACGGACGAACAUUGAUCGCAUUUCAGAUCUGUAUCUCCUCUCCAGCUUCUUCUACUGCAGUUGAACUGAAGGUGUACCUCUUAUCUGCGAAAAUAUCACGGACUUGUGUUGCUUGAUUUUUGGAUUGGAAGGCAUCUGUCAGAAAUUUAGCUAGAUUGGUGGAGGCCUGCUAGCCAAAUCGCAAAGUGGCAGAGAAGAAAAGAUGAAGAUCAGCAAACAACUUGUGUUGACGUAUAUAUAUCUGCUUGUCUAUAUACUGCUUUCCUCAGGAGUUAUUUUGUACAACAAGUGGGUACUUUCACCAAAAUAUUUCAAUUUCCCGUUACCAAUAACACUUACCAUGAUUCAUAUGGGCUUCUCAGGCUUAGUAGCUUUCCUUCUUAUCCGUGUCUUCAAGGUUGUAUCUCCUGUCAAAAUGACGUUUGAAAUAUAUGCGACGUGUGUGAUUCCCAUUAGUGCUUUCUUUGCUUCAAGUCUUUGGUUUGGAAACACAGCUUAUCUGUUCAUUUCUGUAGCUUUUAUCCAGAUGCUCAAAGCUCUAAUGCCAGUGGCCACCUUUGUCAUGGCUGUUAUUUGUGGAACUGACAAGUUACGAUGCGAUGUAUUCUUGAACAUGCUGUUGGUCAGCGUUGGUGUCGUAGUAUCCUCCUAUGGAGAAAUUCACUUCAACAUAGUUGGUACAGUUUAUCAAGUCACUGGAAUAUUUGCUGAGGCGCUUAGGCUGGUCUUAACUCAAGUUCUACUUCAGAAGAAGGGAUUAACUCUGAAUCCUAUCACCAGCCUAUAUUACAUAGCUCCAUGCAGCUUUGUCUUUCUUUUUGUCCCGUGGUAUCUUCUGGAGAAGCCUGAGAUGGAAGUCUCACAGAUUCAGUUCAACUUCUGGAUUUUCUUUUCAAAUGCACUUUGUGCUCUUGCUCUGAAUUUCUCAAUCUUCUUAGUGAUUGGUAGAACUGGUGCUGUAACCAUCCGAGUUGCCGGUGUCUUGAAAGAUUGGAUACUUAUUGCCCUUUCAACUCUAAUUUUUCCAGAGUCGACAAUAACCACUCUUAAUAUUACAGGCUAUGCCAUUGCAUUAUGCGGCGUUGUGAUGUAUAACUACAUAAAGAUCAAGGAUGUUCGAGCUGUUCAACUUCCUGUAGAUAGCGUUACUGAUCGAAUAGCUAAGGAACUUAAGAUGGAGAAGAAGUCAUCUGAUCUCUAUGUGCCAGACGAUAUUGCUAAGAACAGUGGAGGAAAAGGUGCAAGGAAUGGGUCUCCCGAUUCAAUAGUGGAUGAGGAAGCACCCUUUAUUCCUUCAAGUAGGGUCUCUCAUCUUGGGCGAAGCCCACUUAGCAGCUACUCAGCGUGAGAACCGUUAUUUCUUUUAGGUGUCAUUUCGGGUUCAUUUUUUAGAAUCACAGUAUCAAGCAGAUUGAUGAGAUCGUGUCUUGUUCAUACGCCCUCCACCGUUUAGUAAGAAUUGCAUUUCUUUGCAGGGUAUCACUGCCAUUAAAGUUGAUACUAGUUAUUUAUUGUAAUAUUGUUUUAGGCUUGUUAUAUUCAAUGAAAUAUUGAUAGGUAGAGUGUAUGCUUAUGCACGGCAUCCAUAGUUGAGUUAUUUCUCACUAUGCCUUGGCAAGGAAAAUCUUGAUCAUAGAUUUUAGCUGAGGCAACUUUCUGGGACUCUGGUGUAGAAAUUGACAGUACUUCAGGUUCUUUGUACGGUUUUCUCACUUUAAACUGAUUCAUGGAUCCAA